UUGCUGACACACCAGUACUCCCACACAAACAUAAAUACUACCAGAGACAUCAUCUCUCAUCCAUUCAUGGCUCCACAUAUCCUCCUUGUCCUGCACAUCCUUUUCUUCCUCACCGGACUCUCAGAUACACAGAGUGUGUCCACAGUGAGUCAUGUGUCUGUAAAGCAAGGAAGCUCCAUCACCAUCCCAUGUCUCUAUGAUCAGAGAUAUAGUAUCAAUGUGAAGUACUGGUGUAAGGGAUAUUAUUGGUUAGGUGGCUCUACUGUUGUAUGCACUGAUCAUCCUAAAACCAGUGGAAAGACCACAAUCUCUGAUGACAUCAACCAGCGAGUCUUCACUGUGACCAUGACAAGUCUUAGUUCUAGUGAUUCUGAUUAUUACUGGUGUAUUGUGGAGAGGAAGAACAAGGCAGAUGAUGGGGUUGGACUGCAGAUAUCUGUUUCUCCAGGUACUCCAGAACUCUAUGUGGACCAACAAGAGCUGACUGGAGUUGUAGGAGGGAGUGUCACCGUGUGCUGUUACUUUAGUUCAUAUGGAGGCAGCGGGAGGUGGUGCAGGAUGGGAGGCUCGUGUGUGGCUGUGGGACAUUCUGGGGAUUUAGAUGGAACAUUUGUGAAGUUAGUGCAGGAGCAGAGAGAAACCACCAACGGUUAUGUCUUAAUGGUGAAUAUGAGUGGAUUGAUGAUGGAGAACACUGGCUGGUACUGGUGUGAAAAGGGAGACCUACAGAUGCCUGUUCAUGUCACUGUCAAUCAACCAACCACAACACAGAGCACCACCACCAUCAUCACAACAACACAAACUCCGACCACACACCAAACAUCACUAAUCAGUGCUGAGUCUAUUACUUCUCAGCCCACAGUCACCCCUUCUGUUACUACAGACCAGAACAAUGGGGGAACUGACGAGAUGCAACAAGAGAAGAACCAGAGAUUGGAACGCAUUUUCUACCUGGUGAAAGCUGGAAGUGCACUGCUGUUCCUCCUGUCCACCAUCAUUGCUGUGGUGAAGUUCAGGGAAAACAGACAUCAAGAUGAUACCAAGGAUGCAUAGACACCAGAGAGUUGUUUCUGGAGAGAUCAAGGGCCAAAUUUACCAACAGUUUGCACCAAAUACUUUUUUCCUGAAAGAAACAACAACACACUGAGUGUACAAAACAUUAUGAAGGAGUCACUUUUACUGUAAAUAGAAUAUGUUUCUAAACACUUCUACAUGAAUGUGCAUGCUACCAUGACUACGGAUAAUCCAGAAUGAAUAGUGAAUAAUGAUGAGAUAAAGUUACAGAUGCACAAAUAUCAUACUCCCAAGACAAUUACAAUAACAGAGGAGGUUAGCAUUUUUUGGAGGGUGGGAGGGGUGGUACGAUAUUUGUGCGUCUGUAACUUUCUCACUCAUAAUUUUUCACUGUUCAUUCAGGACUUUCCGUAAUCAUGGUAGCAUCCACAUUAAUGUAGUAGUGUUUAGAAAUGUAUUCUAUUCUUAUUUACAAUAAAAGUGACAACAAAAGUGACGACACACUACAUUACUUACCAUUAAUUUCUAUUGGGCACAAAAUAAUCUGAAACACAACCAAAACAAAAAGCAAAUGGACUAAUUUAAUAUGUAUAAAUGAAUUUGUCCCAAAACGUUUAGUCCCCUAAAAGGGGGGACUGUGAACAAUAGGUGUUGUAAUUUCUAAACAUUUCACCCGAUAUGAAAGAAAAUAUACUCAAAUUAAAGUUCACAGUCUGCAAUUUAACCUCACAGUAAUUGAAGUUAAAUUGCAGACUGUCAAAAUUCAAAGUGUUGAAGUACAGAGCCAAAAUAACAAAACAUGUGUCACUGUCCCAAUACUUUUGAAGGUCAUACUUUUGGCCAGGUGAAUCCAGGUGACUGUUAUGAUCCCUUAUUGAUGUCACUAUUUAAAUCCAAUUAAAUAAGUGUAGAUGAAGAGGAGAAGACAGGUUAAAGAAGGAUUUUUAAGCAUUGAGACAAUCGAGACA